UACGCAAUGUCUUGACAGCGCCAGGAUCCAUUUAACUCGGUGCGGGUCUUAACUAAACGUGGCAUUGCCUUCCUAUUAAAUGUUGGGACUUGUGGCACUCAAAUUUUCAAACCAUCAAACCAAGACAGGCAAGGACUCCUGCAGCGCAGCCAUUGUGGGCCGCCGCGGCGCCCUCCCACAUCCUCUGUUCUGUUUUUCGAACCCAUUCCUACAAAUCUCUGACAUUUCAUCCAAACUGGACCACCCCCCCUUCUCUUUAUAUCUCACCAUCAUAAUUCCAACCUCCUCCUCUCUCAAACCCCCACAACCAUGUCCAACUCCCUCCAUGAUUCCUCCUCCUCCUUCUCCCGCCGGUAUUUCACCUGGAAAAACAAGCCCCAAGAAGAACAACACCACCAAGAACCCUUGUCCUUCACUUUGUCCUCCCGUUUCAGCGAGGAAGACAAGCAAGACAGCCUCAAGAAACCAGAGAAGAAGAAACCAUCUGCUUCUAAGCUCCGGACGGCUUUAACAGUCAUCGGACGGAUCCGGCCGACAACCAAUCGCUCCCGGCUUGGCGGCCGGGUUGUCGGUACGCUAUUUGGGUACCGACGAGGACAUGUCUAUUUCGCGUUACAAGAAGACCCAAAACAGAAUCCGACGUUUUUAAUUGAGCUAUCGACGCCGACGAGUGUUCUGGUGCGGGAAAUGGCAUCUGGGUUGGUUCGAAUCGCGCUGGAAUGUGAGAGGAAAGCAGAGAGGAAGAAGAAUUGUAAGUUAGUAGAGGAGGCGCUGUGGAGAACGUAUUGUAAUGGGAAGAAAUGUGGGUAUGCGAGUAGAAGGGAGUGUGGGGCGGAGGAGCAGAGGAUUCUGAAGGCGGUGGAGCCGAUCACGAUGGGGGCAGGGGUAUUGCCGGCGGCGGAGGGAAGUGGAAAUGGGUCGGAGGGGGAAUUGAUGUACAUGAGGGCGAGGUUUGAGCGGGUGAUUGGGUCGAAGGAUUCGGAAGCUUUUUACAUGAUGAGCCCUGAUUGUAAUGGAGGGCCUGAACUUAGUAUUUACUUGCUUAGGAUUUGAAGUUUGAUCGAUCCUUUGUUUGGUUGUUCUUGAGAUGCCUGAAUUUCUGGGAAUCGUGCUUCUGGGGAAUCAAUGCAUUGAUGGAGCAAAUGGGGUAUUGAUUUCGAUGUAUAGCUCUUUUUCUUUUUGUUCACAUUGGUUGUUUGAGAAUCAAAAAUAUUUCAAAGUUCUAAGCA